AUGAGAUCAAAAUCCUUAGACUUCAGAGCCCAUCAGCCACGGCUUUAUAAUCAAGAACUUAUCAUGAAAAUUCAAGCUGAUCGGCAAGUGUCUCCUUUAAAAGAACAAAAAGACUCUCAAGAAGAAUUUCAGCAGACCGAAAGGCAUAUUCUGAAUAAACUUAUUAUAGCUGAUAAUUUUUCGCAGCAAAUACCGAAAUCUGCAAACUGGGAAAUCGCGAAUUUUUAUAGUCACUCGUCUGAAGGACUUUCUGAGGUCAGGGGAAAUUUUCGACCUUUUGAAAUUCAGCCUAAUAAUUUUGGAAUUCCGAUACGUACAGGCAUUCAUUAAUUUAAGGGUUUAAAUUCUCUGUUUAACAUCCACUAGUACAUCACCUGCACGAGCUUCUGUACCUGCUUCGGGGUUUCCCACUCCUCCGAAUUCGUCGUGUACCUCAUCGGUAUCAACUGCAUGGCUUCUAAGCUUCGGGAGUUCAGAUUUCCACAGUUUCCUUUCCAGAUUUUCUGACAUCGACAUAGGUUGCCGGCACAGAAAUUCCAAAAAAUUUAGUUUUAUGCUUUUUUAUAUGAAUUUUACUGAAAAAAUAAGAAUUUUGCAGUAUGAAAAGGACUUUCAAUAAUUUCGUAUUUAUUAGAGAUAGAAUAAGAUCAAAACCAACAAUUUCGCUUAAAAGCAUUGCCUGUGAAAUAAAUUUGACUUUUAGACUUAUCGGCGACUCCGCAUUUUUUAUCAUAACAAGAGGAAGCGGUGUCAAAGAUCCCGACGCCAUGAUUUGCAAAUUUAAAAAAGAUUCCGACUCCCAAAGAGUCUUCGUCAUAUUUGGUGCAAAUAUUGGCCCUGGAAAUGAAUUUAUCCUUUUUUCUCUAAAUUUUUACUUCCUAUCUCCUAAAUUCCUAAUUUUCCCCUAUUAUUUCUCAAUCAAUAAAUUUUUUAAAAAACAAGAAAUCCCUGAGCUCGAAGAAAUAAACGAAAUCCAAGAUUACGUUGACAUCAAAGUGGAUUUGAUUGCGGGGCACAAUUUUUUUCUUUUGGCAGGAAAUUUGAUCGAUUUUUUAUUAUUUUUACCAAAUAAAUAAUUAUCUACUAAAAAGAAUACUAAAUCCCCCCCCCUCCGUGAGUGAACAAAAAAAUUUUGUUCACUCACGGAGGGGGGUUAAUUUUUUUUUUUUUAAAAAAUUUAUAUAUAAAUUUAUAAAAAAUUUUUUUUUCGAAAUUUAAAAAAAUCCUAAUUCGCAAAAAUUUGGAAAUCAAAAAUUAAUUUAAUUUAUAAAAUUUAUGUUUUAAAAAGCAAUUCGUUCAAAAUUAAACAGAAUUAGCUCUAGAUUUCAUUAUACUAAUUAUCAUUUAUAUAUCAAAUUUUUUUUCCAUAAAAAAUUUUUGUUCACUCACGGAGGGUGGGUUUUUGGGCAAAAAAUGGCGAUUUUUCUAAUGGUUUUGUUCACUCACGGAGGGGGGGGGAGUAAGCCAUUUGAUUGACAAUGGCGACGAUAAAGUAUUUAUUACUGCAGUUACCACAAACAAAAGAUGCAUGAAUUCUUGUUGUAAUAAAUUUAUACCUUGUUUUAGGGACACACAUAUUAUGUUGGCUGGAAAUGGAGAUGGGGUGUUGCUGAAAAAUGUAGCUGUGAAGCAGGUGGAAAGGGUUGAAAGCAACCAUCAGCAGCCUGUGCAUCAUGAAUGCUGUGAGAUAUUUUAA